UGUCCUAACAAUGAUUUGUGCCAAAGAAUCACUGGUCAAAGACAGCAUCCUGAAACAGGACACAUAUUUCAAAGAGAAGAAUGGGAUCCUGAUAUUAUUGAAAAGCGUAGGAAAAAGAAGAAAGAAUUACAUAAAAGUGGAGAAGAGGAUGAGGAAGCAGAAGAGGAAGAGGAGGAAGAGGAGUCCAGUGAGGUAGCUGAUCAAAUUAUGUUGACAGAAAUUUUGCCAACUUUAGUGCAAAGGCCAGAAGAUUUUAUAGAAAAUGCAGAAAAGAGAAUUGAUAUCUAUAAAGAUAUUAUGCUACGUCCUCUAGAGGAAUUAAUGGCUGAGCACGACUCUCAGUAUCUUUUUGAACUGGAUGGAAACAAGAAUGCAGAAGAACUUUUUAAAGUAAUAAUAACCCGCCUCGAAUCCAUGGGCCAACGGAAUGGAGCUCUUAUAACCAGGCUUCAGAGUGCAGAGGAAGAAAUGUUAGAUGGCCUGGAAAAUGAUGAACUUUUUCGGGUGCUUGCAGCCUAUAAACCUGUAGCACCUAGAUACCGAUGGCGUCGAAGCAAAUGGGGCCGAGCAUGUCCUGUGGCUUUAAAAGAUGGUGACAUUAUCAUGGGAUCGGCAGACAAUGCUGUUAGCUUCUUAGGUAAGAUGUACAUGAUUUCUACAGAAGAAGCAUUGAAACAAUUCAUGCUGAAUCCUCGUUCCUACCUGCUGCCUCCUAUGCCACUUCCACCUUGUAAAAUACUAAUAGUGGGCCCUCCAUUAUCUGGGAAAUCAACCCUGUGUGGGUUGCUUGCAAACCAUUAUCAGGGAAAGGUUCUUGACAUGGAAGUUCUUCUGCAAAGACAUUAUGAAGAAGCAAGGAUAGAACUCAUUGAGCAGACCCGAGCUGAAGCAACCCUAGCAGGGAUUGCCAAAGUGAAAGAGAAAAUGGAAGUAGAGCAGCAGUUGAGGGAGCAAGCUCUACUGUUUGCCCCAGAACUAGGUGACAAGGAACUGGAAAACGAUGAAGAUAGUGUUCCCACAGAUGAAAGGAGUUCGAUGCUGCCUAGUGUUUCAACAAUUGGUAGCCAAAAAGAUAGCAGUGUCAUACAAGAAGAGAGUGUAAUAAAAGAAGAAGAGGAGAAUGAAGAGAUGUCUUCAUCUCAGACUACAGAACAAACAGACACCUCUACACUGCAAACAGAGUUAGAGAUUCCUCUUGACCACCCAGAUGUUCAAGAAGUGGUCCAGAAAGCUAUAGAAGCUGCAAUGCUGUCUCCAAUAAUGCUGUCACCAGAGGCAUAUGUGGAAGCAUUAGAAAAAACCAUUACAGAGCUACAUAAAACAAAUCCAAACAGAUAUCCUGGAGCUGCGCGUAAAGGAGGAUGGGUAGUAGAUAAUUUUCCUCCAUUUACAGACCACUGGAAUGCUUUGGUAGAAAAAGGACUCCUACCUGAUAUUGUGAUUUGUUUGAAGAAUGUUGAAUUAAAUGGACAGGUGAUAAUACAUAGAAUGUAUCAAGCACAAAAAGAAGAAGUUGAUGCUAAGAUUAUACAAAGAUUAAUAGAAGAUGCUUUAAAAAAGAAAGAAGAGGAAGAAGAAACAAAGUAAGCAUUUGGAGAGGGGGAGCAAGAGAUUUAAUUAAAACAGAAUACAAUGAAGAUUGUUCUGGGUCAAAAAAAAAAGCACCUGGUGUUCUUUUGUGCCACAACUUACCUUUACAGAGAAAGGGAACUGCAAGAACUGUUAAAAAUGCAAGCUCAGGAAUCUGCUGAAGACAGAGAAUCUGUGGAGUUUCUGGAGGACAGCUUUGCAUAUGAAUCGCAGGCAAAAAUUCAUUCUGGGACUGAAACAGGCCAAACAGUAAAAUCUGAUUCUGCUGGAUCUAAACAGAAAGAAACAUCUGGAGAAACAGUGCAGUUUGUAGAUCAGCAUGAUGAAGCACAGUUGUCUAUGGACUCCAAAGAACAUGAAGAAUCUAAGACAGAAUCAAUGGAAGCUCUUGAAACUGAAGAAAAAUCUGAAUCACAGCAUGAAUACCUGAAAAGUAUUGCAUCUGAACUAGGAGUCAAGAUACCUGAGUAUCCUGAAGAUGGUUUUCCAGAUGUAGUAGAAAUAGAGCCACUUAGAAACAAGCUCAACCAGUUCCAGAAUGACUGGCAAAAAUUAGAGCCACAUAUUGCAGAAUCGCCUUUGGUCCUGGUUACUGAAUUGGAGAUUGAUGGGCAGACUCCAGAAAUGCUGUUUAAUAAGUGUGCGCAGGCUAUGCAACAACCUUUUAAAUAUCAUGGCUGGGAAUUAUGUCCUGAAGAUGAAGAUGAAGAACAAGAAGAUUUGCAGGCUGAAGCAGAGGCACUGGCAGAAGAAGAAGAGGAGGGAGAUGAAGAGGAAGAAGAAGAAGAGGAAGAAGAUGAAGAAAAAAUUGCUGAGAGGAAGAGACAUAUGGGAGAUACAAAGCAUUUCUGUCCAGUUAUUCUGAAGGAAAACUUUAUCCUUUAUCCAGGAGUUUAUGAAAAUGCAGCUAAAUAUCGAGAAAAAUACUAUUAUUUUUCAACUCCAGAAAACAGAGAGAAAUUUCUAGAAAAUCCUGAAGAAUACGUUUCUCACAAUGAGCCAUUAAAAGCUCCUCCUAUAAGGAUAUGUCUGUUGGGGCCACAUGGAACGGGUAAAACAAUCUGUGCCCGGUGGUUAGCAGAUAAGCUAAAUAUUUUCCAUAUUCAGUUUGAAGAACGCUUACAAGAAUUGCUCAUGCUCAAAACAGGAAAAAGAGUUGGACCUGAGGAAGAGGAAGAGGAAGAGGAAGGUGAGGGGACACAGGAACUGGGAGAAUCCACUAUACCUGAAAAUGCAGCUGAAUUUGAAUUUGAGAGUGAAGAGGAAAGUAAGCAAACUCAAGAGAAAGAAAUGCAAUUAACAGAUGAGGAAGAAGCAAUCAAGGCCAACAUAUUAGAAAAUGAACCUAUUCCCAUGGAAGUGCUUGAUAAUAUUGUUCUUGACUGGUGGAUGAAGGAACCAUUUCGAUCUACUGGGUUCAUACUUGAUGGUUUUCCACGAACAGGAGAUGAGGUCCAGUAUUUAGCAGAGCGUUCACUUUGUCCAGAUAUUAUAGUUUGUCUUGAAGCUGACGAAGAUGACAUUUCUGACAGACUUCUUAGUAAACAAGUGAAAAAAUGGCAAGAGAAACAAACUAAGAAGAUGGAGAAGAAGCAACAGAUGAAAGAACUGAAGGCAAAAAUGAGAGUAAAGCAAAUUGCUAGAAGACGGGCAGAAAUUCUCACUGAACAAGCAAAAAGGAAAUUGGAGAAUGAGGCAAAUAAGCUUGAAGCUGAAGCUCCGGAUGAAGAAGAUGAAGAGGAAGAGGAAGAUAUUGAAGCUAUUCUGGAAGAAGAAUUUCCUAAAGAAGAAGAUGAGGGAGAAGAUGAGGAAGAGCAGGAGAGUGAAGCUACUGAGCGCAUAAAGUCUGAGAUUGCAGAGAGAUAUGAAGCAGAUAUCGCAAAUGUGCAAACUAUGCAGGAAGAAUUUGAAAAAUUACUGGUACCUCAAAUAAGUCUUAGUUGCAAACGAAAGCCUCGCAUUGUGUGCUACCAAUUGUUUAAAAAGCUGAAGGACCUUAUAGAAAAUCGUGAGAGCAUUUUUGAGAAAUGUUAUCCACUAAGUUUUUCACUUGCACGCAAAAUGAUUGUUCUCUCUUAUAAACAUCCAAGCAAUUUUGGCCAAUGGGACCCAAUCAAGCUAAGCGAAGGAGAUGCGAUCAAGCCCUUUCAAAACGAUGAAACAAGUUUUCCAGUUAUUCAUCGGAACUGUGUUUAUUUUUUUACAAGUAAAGAAAAUAGAGAAAAAUUUAUGAAAAAUCCUAUCAAAUAUCUCCGCCAGCCUAAACCUAAACCAACUGUACCAGUUAAAAUUGCAAUUGUUGGGCCUCCAAAAUCUGGAAAGACAACAGUUGCCAAAAAAUUUGCAGAAACAUAUGGAUUAAUGCGCCUUUCCAUGGGAGAUGCCAUCCGUGCAGUGUUAAAUGAUCAGCCAGAAACUGAAUUGGCUCUUGUGCUAAAGUGGCACCUUCACAAAGGGCUGACUGCACCUGAUGAACUUGCCCUAAGGGCCUUAGAUAUUGCCUUGAUGGAUACUGUGUGUAACACUUCAGGAAUUGUUAUUGAUGGAUACCCUGUUACAAGAAAACAGGUAGACCUAUUGGAAGAAAUGAAAAUCAUUCCAAUAAAAAUCUUUGAGUUAGACAUUGAUGUAAAGGAGGUUUUAAGAAGAGCACUUCUGGAUAAACAAAGCCCUAACAGACCUCCCUAUCCACUGCAUGAAAGCUCCCAUAUUCUUUCCGUCAAGAAUUCCUGUUACAGAGCACAAACUGAAGAAAUCAGACCAUACUAUGAGGAACAGCACCAGAACUGGUAUGUAAUUGAUGCAUCUCACAGCAAAUGGUGGAUCUGGAACAAAAUCCUGCAAGAAACUCAAGCAGUCACUAAACAAAUCCAGUUAUACCUGGAAAGAAUACGGCAAGGAAAAGCUGCCAGUAUUGCUGAUAUGUGUAUCAUGCCAAAUGAAUUGCUCUCUCGGCUGGGAGAGUUUGGGCAAUAUUGUCCGGUGAGCCUUGCGGAAAGGGAAGAACUUAUUGAUUGCUCUGACUCUCCUUCUCUGAAGUUUGCUGCAGAAUUUCGAGGACAUUACUACAAAAUGGCUGGACAGGAGGAGUUAGAUAAAUUCCUGGAAACUCCAGAAUUAUAUGUUCCCCCAUUAGCACCUUAUCCUCUUCCUUUCCCAAAUAAAUUACCAAAAAGGCUGACUGCCGCAGAUGUGAAAGCUUUAUUUCCCAUGCAAGCUGAAAUGCAAGGCUUCUGCCCAGUCACAUAUCUUGAUGGAAAGCAAAGGUAUGAAGCUCUGGUACCUGGGAACAUUGAAUAUGCUGUACUUUAUCGCAAAAAGCUAUAUAUUUUUGACAAUGAAGAAAAACUUAAGAAGUUUAUGAGAAAACCAGAAAAAUAUUGGAAACAAACGCUUCCACAUAAGCUUCCUCCUUUAAAGGAACCCAUAUUGUUGACAGCUCUUCCUCUGACUGGAUACCUUGAGCAGGGCGUGGCUACAGCACUAAUAAAAGCAAUGAACGCAGUUGGUUGCUUAAAGCCAAAAUUUCCAUUCCUGAGCGUGAAAAGGACUGCUCUGCUAUUCAUAGCCUAUCAUUUAAAAGCAUAUAACCCUAACAGCCCUGAUUAUAUACGAAAGAAGUAUAAAAUGAAGUUGGAACGGUUCAUAGACCAUUGUGAACUUAUCCCAUACCUAGGCAUCAAAAUGACAAAGCGGUAUAAGGAGCCUCAAAAUCGACCUAUUGACUUUGACCACAAGUUACAGACUUUUUUCUCUCUCAAAGAUGUGGACCUAACUUCUCAUUAGUCUGAAAUAGCAGAGUGAUAUCUUCAUAUUUGGCUGUUAAAUUAUGAGUAGACUAGG